GAGCACUCACCAUCAAAAGCAACCAAAAUUUUCCUAAGGUAUACAAACGAUAUAUUCGAGUCUCCAGAAUUUGGCACGAUGCAAUCCUCAACAAGAAAAGAAAACACACCUCAGUCUGAGCGAACAGACUCGCCCGAGAAACCCACGCAGGACAAUACCAAGGCAGAACUCGGAACUAGAGAAAAAAUUGAUCCUCAUGGUUUAGAAUGCGCGCGCAGAGGAUUUCUCCCGUGGUUAUGUUUUGUCUCAGCCUUGCAGGAUCCCAGAAGUUAUACCUCGGGGAUGAAAUGGGGUUUGACCUUUAUUGUGGCGAUGGGAGGAUUGGUAGUUCCGCUGAGUAGUGGCGUUUUGUUCCCCUGCCUGAUAGAGAUCGCCGAGGAUAUGCAUACUACCGUCUCGGUGGUGAACUUGUCUAUCGCGUUUGGCUCACUCGCUGUCGCCAUCACACCCUUGUGGUGGUCAUACCUGGCCGAGCUCCAUGGUCGUCGACUGGUAUACCUAUUGUCCUUCUUCUUCCUUGGGAUUUUCAGCAUUCUAGCUGCUAUCAGCCCCAACAUCGGUAUGUUUAUCGCCAUGCGACUCCUUGGAAGUGCAUCCAGUGCGUCCCUUCAAGCCGUCAGCGCCGGUACCAUUUCCGACAUGUUUGAAGUGCAAGAUCGAGGGAAGGCCAUGGGCGCAUUCAUGCUUGGUCCCAUGCUGGGGCCCAUGUUUGCCCCCAUCAUCGGCGGGGCGCUCACCAUGCGUUGGAGCUGGCGCAGUACACAGUGGUUUAUGGUUAUCUAUGGCUGGGCCGUGUUUAUGGUGAUGGUCUUCUUCAUGCCGGAGACGACCACAAACCUCCAAGAAAACCGCCGCGAACACCGAAAUGACGCCAUCAGCCCUGGCAAAAAAGCUAUCAACCUCCUCUUGAAGCCCAUGGAAGCCGUCAAGCUCCUCCGAUAUCCUCCUAUCCUUAUUACUGUCUAUUAUACCAGCAUCGUCUUUGCUACGUACUACCUCAUCUGCGUCUCCAUCGAAGACACCUUCGCCCUGCCGCCAUACUCCUGGAGCUCCAUCAUGGUCGGUGUGGCCUAUAUCCCCGGCGGGCUGGGCCUACUCUUCGGUGCGAUCAUUGGCGGCCACUGGCAGGAUUAUAUCAUGGCGCGGACCGCUCGAGAGGAGGGUCGAUAUAAUGAUAAGGGGAAGUUGAUUCUCCACCCAAUCGAUCGUCUGGGUGAGAACUGCCUCAUUGCAGGUAUCCUCUUCCCCGGGGCACUCUUGUGGUGGGGAUGGACGGCCGAUAAGCAUGAGUUCUGGCUGGUCCCGCUCAUCGGAAACUUCUUCUACGGGUUUGGCGCAAUGAUUCUUACCAAUGUUACCAUGACGAUGUUGACGGAAUUGACACCGAAUAAUUCCACUAUCGGCGUCGCGGUGAAUAACCUCGUGCGAAACGGUCUGUCGUGUGUGAGUGCGGUUAUUGCGCAGCCGUUAUUUGAUGCGAUUGGCACAGGCUGGUCGUUCACGGCAGCUUGUUUAUUCUGUCUGCUCAGUGGCAUUCCGUUGAUCCUUCUGCGGAUCAAGCGGGAUGAAUGGAGUCGAAAGAUGAGGGCUACGCUGGGGAAUGAGUAG